CUUACAAUAAAUUUAAAGUCAAUCGUAGAAUGACACAUGACUACUACAAAAACAUUAUUCGUGAUGAGCAGGAAGAUUUUAUGGCUAGGAUGAGUAAACCACCGCAAGUUGCAGAAAACGAAGCUUUGUUAGAAAAUGUACUGGUGAUGAUCGUUUGUAUACUGACCAAGAUCCCUGUCUUUGUUAUUGGCGCGCCAGGUGCAUCGAAAUCACUUGCCAUUCGUUUGGUUUCACAAAAUCUCCGUGGUGGAGAUUCCGAUGAUUCUUAUUUUAGAACACUACCGCAGGUAUAUGUUAUUCCUUACCAAGGUUCAUCUUCUUCAACUUCGGAUGGUGUAGUGAAAGUAUUUAAGAAAGCGGAAGAAUAUCAAAAAACCAACUCAAAAGAUUUUCCAUUGAUUACCGUUGUCUUACUUGAUGAAGUUGGCCUGGCUGAGACUUCUCCACACAAUCCGCUAAAAGUCCUGCAUUCAUUACUCGAACCAAGUUACCCACAAGAAUUUCCCAAUGUUUCCGUUAUUGGAAUAAGUAAUUGGAGACUUGAUAAUUCAAAAUCAAGCAGAGCUCUGUUGAUACAAAGGCCAAAAUUUGAGGGGAAAGACCUUGAAGAUACAGCCCAUCGAUUAUUAAUAAAAAGCAAGAGCCUCCGAAUCUUUGGUGGCAACAAUAAGAUUUUACACGCACUAUCCGAUUCCUAUUUGGAAUACGAAAAAAAACAGCCGAUAAAGAACUUUCAUGGUCUUCGCGAUUAUUAUUCCCUUGUUAAAAGUCUCAGUUCCAGCGAAGACAAUCCGGAAUCCACACAGAUGGCGUUGGCAAGAAAUUUUGGUGGGACGAACAAUGUGGAUCAAUUAUGCGAAAAGCAUUUCGGCUCAGUCAUAAAAGCUUUUCACGGAAAGACCAUGAAAUUUAAGAAUUUUUCGGCGGAAGAACUCAUCAAAGCAAAUUUAGAAGACAAUGGGGCAAGGCAUCUUAUGAUUAUUGGAAAAAGUGAUUCCAUUGUCAAUCUGUUAACUUACAAACUCCAACAUUGGAGCAAUGAGCUGUCAAGAAAGCGUGAUUUUUUGGGUGCUUCCAAAAUCACCAGAUCUUCUGCUUGGGAUAUGGAACCUGUCGUCAUUUAUGGCAGUCAAUUUCCUAAUGAUUUCGACGAUGAUUAUCAAUACAGUGUUUUAAGUAGAAUCAUGAUGUGUGUUGAAGCUGGCAGACCUCUGAUUUUAACUGAUCUCGAAAUUAUCUAUGGGAGUCUCUAUGAUCUGUGGAAUCAAAAUUACAUUACCGUGGGCAGAGACGAUAAUCAAAAGUUUUAUACGCGAGUUGCACUAGGAGCCUAUUCGAAUCCGAUGGUUUGUGUGCACGAGAAUUUUAGGUGUAUCCUGGUACUUGAUGAGAAGAAAGUGGAUUUCGCCGAUCCACCGCUCCUUAAUCGAUUUGAAAAACAAAAAAUGUCAAUUAAUGAUACCUUGGAUGAUAGAAUGAGCCGACUUGUCAAAGAGCUAUCGACUUGGUGCAAACAAAUAUCAAAUUUUGUUAAAAAAGGCAAUUUCGCAAAAUCAGAAUUCAAAGAACGUGACACAUUCGUUGGAUUCGAUCCCGAAGAAACGUUGCAGAGCUUGGUUAUUCACAAUUGUACAACUACCGAUUUGGCAGAUGAGGAAAUAUUAGUCAGUUGUAAAGAAAUGCUUAUAAAUAUUGCAUCAGCAGAUGGUAUCAUAAGAUCAAGGAAUUCUGGAUUAUCUGUCGAUAUCGAGGAAAUUGAACGUUGGAAAAAUGUUUACUUCCAUGAACAACAUCAUGACAAUAUAGCCACAUAUAUUCGAUCGUUGUUAGAUGAAAAUUUGAUGAAAGGUCAAGGAUUUAAAACGGUCAUUAAUACCUUUUCGAACAUAAAUACCGACAUUGCAUCGUGCUUAAGUGAAAUCCUAACAUGCCAGGUUGAUAAAAUCUCGACUUUUAAAUCCGAAGCUCAACUUACUGCCAGGAUCAAGCACUUUUGGUUUGAAUCGAAUGCGGAUAUGUUGAUAUUGCAAUGUGAUUUGACAGCAGUGAGUGCCGGAUGCAUCAAGCUUGCGAAAUUCAUCAUCGAGCAACUGCAAAAAGAAUUCAUGAUUUCUGACGAGAAUCCAAUCGUGAAGCAUGUUUGCAUCAUUCUUCAUAUGAUGCGAGAGAACGAGGCUACAACAACGUCUUUUAAUUUUAUGUGCGGAUGGAAGCUUGUGACCAUAGAAAACCUAACCUCUCAAGGGCAAACAUUGACCGCCUAUCUUGAUAACAGCUUAAAUGAGAUUCUUGAGCAUGUGUAUCCGUUUAAAGAAAUCAUCUCUCAAGAAUUACUAUGGUGUCUACUCUGCAUGAAAUUUCCCUCGACUCCUGAAUCCGUUGACUAUAUAAAAUUGCUGGUCCAGGAAAUUCCAAAACAUGAAGAGUUUCUUGAUUGCCUAAGAGUUAGAACCCUCGAGUGGCUCGGUGAAAAUGUUCCAGAAGAUUGGCUUUUGCAGGUUGCCUCAAACAAAAAAGACCUGUAUUUGUAUUCUUCAUUCUCCGUGUCGUUGCAAACAUAUAUUCGUAAUCAAGUUCGAAAACCUAUCUCAAAGCUGCUUUGUGUUCUGGAACGAAUGUCUGGGCUUUCUCCGUUAUUCAUUAAAAAUGACCAGAUGCAUUUCGAUGACUUAUACGCUUACGACCCACCGUCGGAUGAACUAUUUGAAUUCUGGAAAAAAGUAUUCAUGGAUUCCAAAAUUGUCAACAUAGAAUAUUUGCUGGAUUCAAAGCCUGAUUUAUAUCAGAUACCCGCAAGAAAUCAUAACACUCGAUUUCCAUUUUCAACGUAUUACAUGGAUCAGAUAAAUAAAUUCAAGAAGUUGUAUCAGGAAGAUCUGUCAGUUUUGGAAGACGACGAAAAUAAUUAUGACGAAAUGGGUGAGCUAAGGAUCGAUGUCAUCGAGAGUUGCAUUGAAAGGUUUACCGAGAAUGUCUGUUCCGUAAUUCCUUUAUUGAAAUCACCGAAGCUCUUUGAGGAGCCUGAAAUUUAUUUUAAAGACUUUGUCACAGUUGCUUUGCCCAAAUUUGGAAAAUAUAAUAAGGAUGGAGAACUAUUGAGAUGGAUUAUCUUAUAUCAUCUAGGUCAGCAAAUUCCCAACCCGGUCAGACUCCACGUCUUUUGGUGGGGCAAAUCCGAAUCUGUGCUUGCCGAACUGCAAAUGAUGGAAAUGUGUCCGGAGGUCAUAAAAACAAUAACUUCCAUGAAAAAUGAUGAAAUCAGGAAUCUUGAUUUCGAAGCAUAUCUAUUGGAGGAAGUGGUUAAUGUUUUCAUGAAUAGGAUUUAUUCAAUUAAUGAUAAGUCGGCGCCUGAGCAGAUGCUUCACACCUGGCAAAGAGAUGUCACCAAUCUUUUAUCUCUGGCAACAAGACUGUUGAUCGAUGUUAAUGGAAAUCAAUCGUUGCAAAGAUUACGGAUUUAUAAUGACUUGUCCAAAUCCCUCAAGCUACAAGAUUUGCUAGAAAUCAGAAAGAUAGAAGUUGAAGAGGAAAGCGAAGAGAUGCUUUCUAAACAGUUCAUUGACAACGUUUUUAAGAAAUUGGCUAGUUAUGAUAAAAAUGAGCUCAGUCUAUCUUCACAAAGAUCAUUUAUAAAUAGAUGUCUCAACACACUUUCCAUAGAAUCACCUAUUCGUCUGCUCCUUUACACGAAUAAU